AGGGAUCUCUGGCAGGGUAUUUAGAUCUCUGCAUCUCCAGUGCUGGGUGUCUGGAGAACUAGACUCUGCUGCCCAUCACAGCUCAGCCAUGGGGGCAGCCACACUCCUCUGGGCCUUGAUGCUACUCUCACUCACAGCUCCAGCUAUAUCAGAUCCCCGCUAUCUGGUGGCCUUCCCAGCAAUGAUCCGCCAUCCCAAUAUGGAAAAGUUUUGUGUGCAACUGAUGUCCCUGUCGGAGAAGGCCCACCUGUCAGUGACGUUAGAGAUGACGUUGCAGAACCACACCCUGCUGGAGAUGGAUGUGGAGAAGCCAGGGACCUACAAAUGCAUCAGCUUCCAGGUCCCAGACUUUGUUCCCAAGAAGAAGUUGGACCAACACCAACUCGAAGAAGAAUUGGCCAGUGUGCAUGUCCUAAUACGAGCUGGUGACAGCAUCUUUGAGGAAAGGAAGAAGGUGCUAGUUCAGGCUGCUUAUGUCAGGCAUAUUAUAGAGCCAGACAAGCCCUUUUACAAGCCUGGAGAGACAGUCAGGUUUCGCAUUGUGAGGCUUGAUGAAGAAUUUAAGGCCCUGGAUGAAAUGAUCCCUUUGAUACAGUUGAAUGAUCCUAAAGAGAACCGAAUAGGCCAGUGGCUGGAUGUGAAGCCUCAAAAUGGCAUUGUGGACCUGUCUUUUCCUCUGGCCUCUGAAGCAGCCGUGGGAAUGUACUCCAUACAAGUUGGAAGUUCACCUUUUGCGGAGAUCGAUAAUUCAAGAAGAGAUUUCUUGGUGGCAGAAUAUGUGCUGCCUAAAUUUCAAGUUGAGAUUGAGUUUCCGGAACUGGUCACCACAGCAGAUGAAAAUUUCCAGGUCAAAGUGUCUGGCAAGUACACAUAUGGGAAGCGUGUUCAAGGAAAUGUGCAGCUCCGCUUCACUAGAGGAUUAUCGUUUUAUUAUCUUUGGCGUAAUACAAAUGAAACAUUAUCAGAAAUUGCACAUGAGUACACAGCCCAGACAGAUGAGACUGGCUUUGCUCAUUUUACUAUCAAUGGGUCUGAUUUAAAUCUUUCCCACAACGGCUAUAGGAAGUAUGUCGAAUUUGAGGCAGAACUGGAGGAGAAAGGAACAGGAGUCACUCAGGCAGGACAGGGCAACUUGCCUAUUGCCGUCAAGCAAGUCAAUGUGGAGUUUAGCAAACUCAAUUCAUUCUACAAACAAGGUUUCCCAUACAUGGGAGAGAUGAAGGCUUCAGUCAGUGGUGUGCCUGUCAAGAACUGGACUCUCUAUCUCACAGUUGACGUUGAUGAUGUGGAGACAACCACUUCCUAUGUCACAGAUGAGAAUGGUGAAGUCUCCUUCUCUCUGGACACAACAAAGUGGCACGACAUGGUUUCCUUAAGGGGUAGAUACACCCUUGAGAAUGUGACCGGCAGUGAGAUGUCGGAAUCUGAAAGUUACAAGUGGCUGAAGCCCUUCUACUCUGAGAGCAAUAGUUUCCUGGAGAUACAGCAUGUGGAGGAAAAGCUGCCCUGUGGAAAAGACCAGGAAGUCCUGGUGGAUUACAUCAUAGACCGGAAAGAAUUGGGCCCUGAUGCUGACCAUGUAGACUUCUAUUAUUUGAUUGUGUCCAAAGGGAAGCUUGUCUCCAGUGGACAGAAGACCGUUCCUGUUGGCCAGGAUGAGACUCUGAAAGGCACCUUCUCCCUCACCUUGUCUACCAGCUCUGACCUGGCACCCACAGUCAGGCUGCUGCUGUACACUGUGUUUCUGGAUGGCGAGGUGGCGGCCGACAUGGAUCAGUUCGAGAUACAGAAGUGCUUCAAACAUAAGGUGGCUUUGGACUUCUCUGCAGAAGAGGAGCUUCCAGGAUCAAAAGUUGAUCUGCAAUUAGAGGCUGCCCCCGGUGCACUGUGCGCUCUCCGUGCUGUGGACAAGAGUGUCCUCCUGUUGGAAAAUGAAACGCUGACACCAGAUAAAGUGUUCGGGUUUUUUAGUCACGACCACAUAUAUUUAACUUCUGGAAGAGGAUUUCCCUAUCGCUUGGAAGACUUUGACCCAUAUCCUUGCCUGCCUCCUCCGGCUCCCAGCCAAAAACAAAAGAGGGCCCUGAAGGUAGCCCCUUGGUAUCAGAGUGAGGCCGAUGUUUUUAGCUUGUUCAAGCUUAUGCGACUGAAAGUUUUCACCAACAUGGACGUUAAAAAGCCUGUUUCCUGCGACCUGCCAGUAACAAGACGUUUGAAAAGUGGCCUUGAAACAGGCCUGUCCACAACUGUUCAGCACGAGAAUGUGAUUUCCCAGACGCCUCAGGCUGUUGAUUCCACAGAAACCAAGAAGGAAGAGAAAGCUAAACCCAGGACACACUUCCCAGAGACCUGGGUCUGGGAUUUAGUACCAGUGAACGAGGAGGGGAAAGCAACUCAUUCGGUCACCGCUCCGGACACGAUCACCGAGUGGAACGCCGAUGCCUUCUGUGUGGCUGACAUUGGCUUCGGACUCGCCCAGCAAGCCAAGUUCCGAGUCUUCAAGCCGUUUUUUGUGGAUCUGAGCCUGCCGUAUUCUGUGGUCCGUGGGGAGACCUUGCUGCUAAAGUCCACUGUCUUCAAUUACAUGAAGGAAUGUAUCCAGGUGAGAGUGAAGCUGCUGGAGUCGCAAGAGGUGGAUGUGAAGCCAUGCCCAGCCUGCCAGUUCAGCACCUGCCUCUGCGCUGAGGAAGCCCACACCUUCUCCUGGAAUGUGACGGCGACUCAGCUGGGGCACGUCAAACUCUCCGUCACCGCCGAGGCAGAGGAGACGCAUGAGCUGUGUGGCAAUAAGAUCUCCACCACGCCUGCACGAGGCCAGUCAGACACAAUAGUCAAAACCCUGCUGGUCAAGCCAGAAGGCGUCCUGGAAGAAGAGACCCACAAUGUCUUCCUCUGCUCUUCAGGGGACCCAGUUCUGGAUGAGGUUUCUCUAAAGCUGCCUGAAGCUGUUGUGGAGGGCUCUGGCCGAGCCACCGUCUCCUGCAUUGGGGACAUUAUGGGCACAUCACUACAAAAUAUAGGCAGUUUUGUUCAGAUGCCCCUGGGCUGCGGUGAGCAGAACUUGAUGAAGUUUGUUCCUAAUAUUCACAUACUCCGGUACUUGGAGAAGACCAACCAGGCAACCCCCACCCUCAAAGAGGAAGUAAUAAAGUACACACAGAGUGGGUAUCAGCGCCAGCUGCUCUACAAGCGCGAUAACGGCUCUUACAGUGCCUUUGGGAUGCGUGAUGCUGAGGGGAAUACUUGGCUGACGGCUGCUGUGAUUAAGGGUUUUGGCCAUGCCAAGACUUAUGUCUAUGUUGAUGAGAAGCAUAUUCAGGAUUCUGUGCACUGGUUGGGGCAGCACCAACUUCCCAGUGGCUGCUUUGAGAGUGUGGGAAGGGUCUUCAACAAUGCCAUAAAGGGUGGCGUGGAUGAUGGGAUUUCGCUGACAGCUUAUGUUGCUGCCUCACUGCUGGAGCUCAACAUGAAGGAGAAUCGUGCAAUGGUAGAUGAUGCCUUGGGCUGCCUGAAGAGGAACUUGAGUUCUGUGGACAAUGCCUACUCCAAGGCCUUGCUGGCUUACGUCUUCACGUUGUCUGGGGACACAGAGAUACGGCAGAACCUCCUGAAAGACUUGCACGAAGGGGCUGACAAAACAGAUGGAAUUGUAUCCUUGUCAGAUACAGAGACAACAGCCUACUAUCUGCUGGCUCUCCUCAGCACACCAGAGGUGUCCACAGAUGUCCUCAACCAUGCCUCUGAAGUUGUGCCUUCUCUCACCAGCCUACAGCAUCCUUAUGGAGGCUUUUCAUCUACACAGGACACAGUGGUUGGCCUGCAGGCUUUAUCCAGCUAUGCAGCCUUGACCUAUCGUGAGGCAGAAGAUGUGAAGGUGCUGGUGAAAUCCAGUGGGGGUUUCCAGCAUGAAUUCCAUGUGGGCAAGAAGAACCGGCUGGUGUUGCAACAGGCCCCUCUCGCAGAGGUUCCUGGUCAAUACAAGCUGGAGGUGUCUGGGAACGGCUGUGCCUAUGUGCAGACUACUCUUCGAUACCACAAGGAGCCUCCACCGCCGGAAGCUUUUGCUCUGAGUGUAGAGACAUCACCAGAGGAAUGCAACCAGACCACCAGGAAAUAUUUUGAUGUUCAUGUACAAGUAAGCUACACAGGGGAGCGCAAUGAAACCAACAUGGUCCUGAUAGAGGUGAAUAUGCUGUCUGGGUAUAUCCCUGUGAAGAAGUCUGUGAAGCAGCUCCUAAUGAAGCCCCUCGUCAAAAAGGUGGAAUUUGAGCCUGACAAGAUCCACAUCUACCUGGAUCAGCUGGAUAGCGAAGUUCAAAACUACAGCGUGUCUGUGGAACAAGAAACAGAAGUGAUGGAUCUAAAGCCAGCAAUAGUAAAAGUGUAUGAUUAUUACCAUCCAGAAGACAGUGCGGAUGCUGAAUAUAACGCUCCCUGCAGCACAGAGAGCACAAAGAAAGACCACCACUAGCUCUGCAUCCGAGAUGGGAAGCAAACCCAGGUGAACAGCACAAUUGCUGCAGAAGAUCUCCCAUCUUAGGUCAUCGCUUUGGGACUGCUUUGUUAGGUCAUGUACAGAUGAUGUCUUGGCUCCAGCGAUCACUGUGUGCAAGCACAAAAGCACUUCUUCAUGUACAUGGGGAGCCCACCGAUUCCCCCUCCUGCUUGCAGUUCCUCCACUUCCUAAAAUGCAGCUUCAUGUGUUGCUCCAUGGAGGUUCUGCCAACCCUCUGAAGCAGCUUUUUUGUGUGUGUGAGCACAAGCCACUGCAGUUAAGGGAGGAAACAGUCACUAUGAAAAUUGUUGCGUAUAACAAAGAUACAUUAUUGAAGAGUUUGUCCAAUUAUACUGCUCGUCAGUUACUUUGCAAUGGUGAUUAUUUUAUGAAAUAAAAAAGAGUGUUUCUGUU